CUUUAUACGCCCCUCCAAUACUCUCGAACGGUUCUGACAUGGAGCCCGUGGCUCUGGCGGUGGACAAAUUGAAAGCUUUUGUGAAAUCCAGCCAGGACUUCGUCGACGGCUUCAUUCAUCGCCGCGACAAUCCAGCUCGCCGCAAUCCGAAUUUUUCCUCUACCAAUGUGGUUGUUCCAUAAGUAACCAUUGCUGGGCGAUGGGAAUUUUUGAAUCCCAUGAUAUUAUUUUCAGAUUGAAAUUCUGAGGCGGUUGCAACGAGAAGCAUUUACAGAUCUGAUGAAACUCAGGGACAGACAAGAGAAGGUUGAGAGAAUACUUUCUUUCUAUAAAACAUCCAAGGGAAGUCCAUUCCAAGAAGCCAGCACCCAUGUAAGAGGAGAGUUUGAUCUCUUGGGGGCUUUGUUGGUGAUGGAUAAUGUUGAUAAGCAGAACUGCAAUGCACUUUCCAGAGCAGGAAUCACAACUGGAAUUGAUUCAAGGUUCACUUUUGAAACCCCAAUUAGUCAGGGAGAGAGUCUUACUGCAGAGUUUGUGGCCAGUCAAAAAGGCAACAGAUAUCUUGAUGAGGUUUCGGGACAAUCACUUUCUCUAGAAAAAGUGUCAUAUAGGGUAAAUGCUUGUGACUGGUUAUCCGUGGUUGCAAUUCCAGUUGGAGCUCAAUCCAGGGAUGUUGCAAUCACUUCAGUUUCUUCCCAUCAAGCAAAGGGCCUUACUAAACUAUCAUCACUUGGACCUCCCCUUUUAAAUCAGCAGAAAGGCAGUGGCAUUGGCUUAUCUGUGAGAAAAUCAAAUGUCAUUGCUUCAUUGGCUCAAUUCAUUUCUGGGUUGGGUAUGCAACCGGAUGCUGAUAGUGCGGGGCAUUGCUUCAGCACAUUCGGGCAAGUUGUCUGCCAACUUCCACGAGGGAUAAAACUCUCACUGUUGGGUCUUCAUCAAGUGCCUAAAUCAUUGAGCCAACAUGUUAGUCUUGGACCCCUUGCUAUUCCUGUCGUCCUUUCAAAACAUCCAACCGCUCCUGAGACAGCGGUUGAAGCAUCUAGCUCAGCCAUCAGAACAAGCACCCCGGAAAACUUCUUCUCAGGAUCUGUUGCCUUAAUGCUGGAGUCAGAACUUGACGAGGUUACAAGAAUUGGAGGUUGGAUUGAAAUGAAUAGAUCAAACCCUAAAUGUUUACAUUGGGGUGUGUCUAUGUCCGAUGAUUCUGAAGAUUCUUUUGGGUGGGGACUGAGUUUAAGUGGAAUACAUGGAGGUCCAACAAGCGAGGAGCAUUUUCAGGCGGAAUCCUAUUUAAAACUAAACUUAGGCUGCAAACUAUCUGAACAUCAAGAGCUUGCUGGAUCUGACUUGCCAGACUGUGGCUGACAUGAUCAAGGGCAAAACUCCAGAGGAAAUCCGCAAGACAUU